CUCAUUAACUGGCACGCGUUUGCUGUGCGAUCAUUAUCAUUAAUCAUUUACGGGAAAGAGAACGAAAAAAAAAAACUCCGAAUAAGCAUUAAAUAGAGCACGAUAGAGUGUCUAUGUGUUCUAUUUUUUUCGUGAAAAAAGCGUGUGCUUUAGCUCUCGAAAACAUUCAACACCUGCAAAUUUAACAGAUGUCCAGCGGAUUUAGUUGCUGUCGUUCACCGUGCUCUUCGCCGUGUUGCGGUGGUUUCAAGCAAACGUUCGAAGGUAAACCGAUCAGUUUGCCCGUUCGAAUUCCCUCUCGCAUUCCCGUUGGAAAAGUCUGCACGUGUUCUCAAGUACACCUCAAACCCAUACCGUCUGACCACGACUGCGACUACCCACUGCGUUUUCCAUACGGAAAAUACAGGAAAUUCUCCUGGCCUUGGUUGAGAAAAUGCGACGUGUCCUGCGAAGACCACUGCGGACCCUUCUGGGACAAUUACAACCACAAAGGAUUCAUGUCCAUCAAGUCCAGCUGCAAGCCCUGCCAUGACCAUUGCCAUGACCAUUGCCAUGAUCAUUGCCAUGAUCACUGCCAUGAUCACUGUCACGAUCACUGUCACGAUCAUUGUCACGAUCAUUGUCACACUCAUUGCUGUUAA